AUGACGACAUAUCACAUCAAGCCAGUCGAUAAUCGAGUUCAGGGUCGUCUGGCCCUCGUAACGGGCGCAAGGGCCCUGGCUGCCGAGGGCUGCGACGUAGCUUUGCACUAUUCUUCGAGUCAAGAGAAGGCCCAGACUCUGGCCUCUGAACUUCAGGCUUCGUUUCCAGAGCAGAGAUUCUUCUGUGUUUCUGCAGAUCUCUCUAACCGUGAUGCUACGAGGGCACUUGUUCCUAAUGUGUUGAACCAUGGUGAAGUGGCUGGAAGACAUUCUGCGGUGUCCAUCCUUGUUGCCAAUGCUGGUGUUGGAAAACGUAUCCGCGAUAUCCAGAAUAUCGAGGAGGACAACUGGGACGAAGUUAUGGAGGUGAAUGCCCGGAGCCAAUUUGUGGUCACUAAGGCAUGUCUCCCAGGCAUGCGCUCCCAAGGCUGGGGCCGCGUCAUCCUCGUUGGAAGCAUUGCUAGUCGAGGAGGUGGUAUCAAUGGAUGCCACUAUGCAGCUACCAAGGGAGCUCUCAGCUCGAUGGGCUUGAAUCUCGCCACGGUACUUGCUCCAGAGGGAGUGACCGUCAACAUCGUAAGACAACUCAAUCUCCUCAACCCUGGCAGUGUGCUAAGCCUCCAACUACAGGUUCUUCCCGCCUUGAUUGGGUCCACGGGCAUGAUACCAACUCCCAAGUCACAGACAUGGGAGAAAAACACUGAUCUUGAGGCGCUGAGAGAGGAGGAUCCCGGGUUGGCCAUCGCAGCUAGUAUCCCCGUACACCGUCUGGGAGUGCCAGAAGAGGUCGCAAACGUCGUUACAAUGAUGGCAAAGACGGGAUAUAUGACGGGACAGGAGAUUUUGCUGGCUGGAGGACUGAGGUAG